CUGAAAGCAAGUGUAAAUAAACAAAUCUAGCUGUGUGUUCUGUUUCUGUUCUUUUGAUUGCAGUAAAUAUAUGAUGCUGGCCCCAAGAAUUAUAUCCAAAUCACGGUACUAUUUACCAUACCUUACUCAACAAAGAUUCAUGAAAGUUCGUAUUUUACCUAUAAAAUAUGAUGAAUUUGAAACCCCCUUCAUGAAAACAAGAAAACCUGGGGAAUCCAUAUUGACAAACUUUUAUGCCUUUGUAAAUAGAAAAUGGACAUUUGCUGAUAUAAAAAAUUACCAGAAAUGGAAAAGAAUGGAUGUAGUACGUAAUAGUCAAAGAUAUAUAAGUGAGCGACAUAAAAUUUUAGGUCCUGAUUUAGCUACUAGUCAUUUUCUGCUCACUCGAGGAGGUAAAGUAAAAUUUAAAGGACAGAAUGAAUGGAUGACUAAUGAACAUCUAAGCAAUGGUCAGAUACCAUCCAGUUAUGUUCCUGGUUUUUUUGUAGAGGAAAUAGAUGCAACGGAAUCGAUGUUAUUAUAUGAAGGAUUUGAAAAUUUGUGUAACUUGCAAGAGUUGAAAAAACUAAUUUUACACAAUUGUCCCUUUGUGGAUGAUUGGUGCUUAAACAGAAUGUACAUAUUUGCAGAUACUUUAGAGUAUCUGGACCUUAGUGGAUGUAAAAAUAUUUCUGAGAGAGGAAUCUGUACAUUGCAUGUUUUAAAGAAAUUGAAAACUCUGGAUAUUCGUGAUACACCAAAUAUACAAAACAAAGAACUCGUGUCUCUUCUUUUACAAGACAUUUUGCCAAAAUGUGAAAUUAUAGGUGUUGAUUAUGAAGACCCAAUUCUUUUAAAGAGGAUUGCAAAAUAUAUGUAGGUUAGGUUUAUUUAGAAUAAUAUUGUACAUAGUAAUAAAAAUAUUGUAUUAAAGAG